AUGGAGACCGAGAGCUGUUUGUCUUUCUCCUCGCCUCCUAACAGGAUCACGCCGGAGAAUUCACCGGGUUUGGAGCAUAAUUCAAGCUCUUUCUUUCCGUGUGACGACCUUCAAAAGUCUCCUCAUCUUGCUCUUGCGCAUCGCCAUGAGUUUUUUAUGGGACGUUACGCUGCCGGCGGCUCCGCGGACUUUACGCACGGCGUCAGCAGCACAACUCCUCGCGCCUCACCUGGAAAACACACUAAAUAUGUGGAGAAUAUAAACCAGGACCAAAAACCAUCGAUCACCGAGAAGAACUCGUCAUUUUAUGAGACUAAUUCCGAUGGAGAUAAAACCCUCUCCAAGCCUCUUGGCUAUCCCUCUCUGGACUCAGAGUGUUGUGGAAAACUGAAAGAGGCGUCCAACGGCUUGACAGGAGACUCCAUUGCGGACUCCAUCGACCUUUCAGGCAAAAACAAGAAGAGGCGAAACCGGACAACUUUCAGCACCUUUCAGCUAGAGGAGCUGGAGAAGGUCUUUCAGAAGACACAUUAUCCAGAUGUAUACGCAAGAGAACAGCUGGCACUGAGGACAGAGCUUACUGAGGCCAGAGUUCAGGUGUGGUUCCAAAACCGACGGGCCAAAUGGCGGAAAAGAGAGCGCUACGGGAAGAUGCAAGAGGUGCGAAACCACUUUGCUGCUACAUACGAUAUCUCCCUUCUCCCUCGCUCCGACACAUACCAGAUGCAGAACAGUUUAUGGGCGGGUGGUGCAGGAGCCACAGGUGCCGGCGGAGCGUCCAGUGCUUGUGUUCUGGGGACAGAGAACAUGCCCUCAUCCUGUAUGUCCCCUUACCCUCAUCCUCACGGAAACUUACCUGGACUGAUGGGCAUGUCUGCAUCUCCUGGCCAUCAUCAUCACCACCACCAUCAUCACCAUCACCCGUCGCACCACCCCAGCAUUAACGGCAUAUACUCGCUCCACGGCUUCCCAGGAUCCCUCGGGGCCCACACUUUCGAGGCUAGCCCCGAGUCUGAAUAUAAGCCCUCAGGCUUGGUUGCCCUGCGCAUGAAAACCAAAGACCCCGGAAGCCUGUUAUCCUGGCCAACAUGA